AUGGACACGGACAAUUUAGCUGCAAGUCUCCAGCUCACCACCGAGCAAAAGAACAAAGAAGCACCGCCUGAGGUAUGAGCAAAACCCACACAUUCGCUUGUCAAACCCUCGUUUCAUCAAUGCUCCAUGUGGACUGACUAUUAUUAAUCACCACCUGCUUUUCAGAGGGCAAAGGGCCUGUUUCAAAACUUCCUCAGGAGAAACUUGCGGAAGUGGUGUCUCUCAUUUUGCAGAUAAAGGAGCUGGAGUUUACACACAGAGACCUAGAGCAGGAAUUAGGCCUUGCAUCUCUCGGUCGCAAAACCGAGGUCCACUCUUAGUUUGCACGUGCUGAGUGCAAAGAGGGAUUUACACCACAGCUGGGGUCUAGACCAAACAACUGCAUUGGAUGAAAUAGCACCCACUAACUUGGGCAAAAUGACCCCUUAUACUUGAAACCUUACGUAAGCACUAGCUAGAUUAGCAAGGAAAUUCAUCCAGGUACGGAGACUCAAUGUGCCUAAAUGGGAAGGAGAAGCAGGCUAGGAGUGGAGUGCAGUGGUCUUGUUCAUGGUCUGUAUUUUUUAAGCUCAGUGGCAAAGAACCUGUCUUAGAGCGCUUCUGCCAGUCAGAGUUUACCGUACUGGGUUGGUUGAACGAACGGUUUGACAGCACAAGGCAGAUUCAUAUGAUAUGAGCUGGUUGCACACAGACACACAACCCACCAAGUGUACAAGGAGCAAGGGUGUUGUCUGUGGGCUGCAAAGGAGAGCUAUAUGCAUGGGACGCUUUCUCCAGGUGCCAACUCUGACAUCAUUCCCAGCCAGGCAGGGGGCUUGCUGUUUGAUUUUAUGAAGUGUUACAAAGCCAUGUUGGAGUGGAUUGUUUUAUGGGGAAGAAAAACAUACAAUAAAUGCAAAAGCAUACAGUGGUACCUCGGGUUACAUAUGCUUCAUGUUACAUAUGCUUCAGGUUACAGACUCCGCUAACCCAGAAAUAGUACCUCAGGUUAAGAACUUUGCUUCAGGAUGAGAACAGAAAUCGUGCUCCGGCGGCGGGGCAGCAGCAGGAGGCCCCAUUAGCUAAAGUGGUGCUUCAGGUUAAGAACAGUUUCAAGUUAAGUACGGACCUCCGGAACGAAUUAAGUACUUAACCUGAGGUACCACUGUAUGUGGUUUUGCAUUUCAUGUAUAUCAGCUGUACAUUGUGCAUCGCCUUGAGAUUAUUUACGGAAUGCGAUGAAUUAAUCACAAUUAAUUGUUAUUAUCGCCAAUAAUGCCACAUGUAAAUGUUUGGUCAACCAAGCUGGAAGUGUGAAUGGGUCCAGGCUGGCAAGCAAAUUCUCUUGGCAGCCAUUGUUAGUCCAAAUGCACUCCAGAAGCAGGCCUGAGAAGGGAGAGGCAGCUGGAUAGGACAGGCUAGCCAAAUAAUAAAAUUGCUCUUGACAAAUAGGUGAUGAGGUUGAAUGACAUAAUUAUAGAAUUAAAAUAACUACAGUGGUACCUCGGGUUACAUACACUUCAGGUUACAUACGCUUCAUGUUACAGACUCCGCUAACCCAGAAAUAGUACCUCGGGUUAAGAACUUUGCUUCAGGAUGAGAACAGAAAUUGUGCUCCGGCGGCGUGGUGGCAGCAGGAGGCCCCAUUAGCUAAAGUGGUGCUUCAGGUUAAGAACAGUUCAGGUUAAGAACAGACCUCCAGAACAAAUUGAGUACUUAACCCUAGGUACCACUGUUGGGAUACUGCCAGGGAGACAAAGUCCAUCAUGGCCCCCAAGCCGCCUCCGGACGAUCCAUCGAUCUCCCGUAGAUACAGUAUCAGCAAUUAGCGACACGAGCUCCAGAAAUAGCCUGCCACAUUCCAGAACUCAUGCACGCUCUAUCAGCAGAUAAUGCACAGCAAAAGUUGCACGCAGGAGAGCAUUAUUUACAAGUUUUAUUCAGCGUUGAUCAGAACAAAGAAAACAUGACUGCCAGCUUCAGUGUCUACAGACACAGAGAGAGCGAAAGCAAAGACACAACAGAAACAUCCUGUGAAACAGGAAAUACGCAGGCUGUGUGACUCACAAAGCCUGCUCCCCUUCAAGGUGGAACGGAAAUAUCCUAACAACCACUGUAUAUGUACACAAUGAAGUGGAGAGGACAAACCAAAGCGAUGGCUUUUUAUAAAACCUGACACCAGUUCACCACAGUGCUGCUCCUGGGAAUGACAUAUUGACUCAAAUAAUGUUUGCCACACAGGUUUCCUCCUACCUAAUGGAGCUAUUGCUAAAUAGCCGUAUUUUCUUCCGGUUGCCUAAUUAUUAUAAUUACCACAGUGUUAUAAUUGUUCUGAUUAUGAUCAUUACAAGCGCGUGUCAGGGUUCAGGGUGUCCUAUGAUUCUUGUCUUGUGUUCUCUGGUGUGCAGGACAUUGUUGGGUGUUGCGUGUGUGUUACAGAUGUUCAGCUGAGCUGUCAGGCUCGCCGCAGGAAACAAUUGUGUAGCGGAGGUAGCUUUUACUUAGCAUACACAAGCACACACACAAUAUACGCACACUAUUUACAGUUGCUACAAGAAAUUCUAGUCCUGCAAGUGCCAAGAGUUCUCAGAGUCCAAGAAGCCUUGCAAGUCGUCCAUCUUCUCUCAGACAAGCUCUUCUCAAAGCCUUACACAUUUUCACAGGUUAUUUCCAAGAGUUUCCAGUCUCCCAGCAGAUUAUCCUGUACUCCACAACAAUGAAUGCUGUAAUUUGACUCUUUAGCUACCCAGUGCUAUGUGCUAUUUUGUCCAGCGACUCAGAUAAGACAGUCACAAGAUGCCUGCAGCUGUACUGUGGGAGGGGAAAACCCCAUUUCUGCAGACUGGUGGAGAAUUAACCAUUUUUUCACUUUCCUUAACAGUCAUGAGCAUGUACAGUCAUACCUCGGGUUGCGAACACUGCGGGUUGCGUGUUUUCGGGUUGCGGACACGCCGAACCUGGAAGUACUGGAACGGGUUACUUCCGGGUUUCGGUGCUCGCGCAUGCACAGAAACACAAUAUCACGCUUUGCACAUGCACAGCAGCGCCGAAUCGCGUCAUGCGCAUGCACAGAUGCAGCGCUGCGGGUUGCGAACAUGCCUCCCACACGGAUCACGUUCACAACCCGAGGUUCCACUUAAUAUGCCUUGUACAGGCCUCUUCUUCUUCCUCUUCUUCUUCUUCUUCUUCUUCUUCUUCUUCUUCUUCUUCUUCUUCUUCCUUUGCGAUCACUCGUAGCCGAAUAAGAUUGUCUUCCAUAAACACGGUUUUAACAAUGAGUCCGUAAGUGACUGUGGAAGCCGAUUCUGGAUCCACACGUUCUUGCACAGUGGGGACAUUGGUUUCCGGGCGGGAGUUGAUAAUCCAGUCAGGGAAAAGGGGAGGCAGACUAUGUUUAGGGCACCUUUUCUAGCCCCUCCCCCUUUUAGGGGUGAGCAGAGUGGAUCCUAAAAAGGGCUUCUCAGUCAUAGAUACAGCUGCCGAGCUGCUCAACUGCCUCGUUCCUUGAGUCAGAAUUACUGAAUCUGUAUCUACCGCCAAUGUGCCGGUUCAUGACUAGGGUCUUCCAGAUUUUACGAUCCUGCCCCUGUUACCAUUUGUCGAUCGCCAUGGGCCUUUUGGGGUUUGGGUUGGGUUUUUGGAAGACGCCUGUGCGUGAAUUUGUUUUAUGUGUGUAGAUCAGUGCACGCUGACCAACGCACAGUCUUCGCAGUAGGGCUCUGUUCUGAUGGCGUGAAGUGGUCACGACAAACCGAUAGAUUCCUAUCUGCUGCAGCCUUCACAACCGUUGUAACAUACCACUUGUUAUCAUCCGCCCGUUCUGCCAUUGAGGACUUCUUGGAUCAUUCUUUGUCUAGCUCCUUCCCUUUGACCUUACCGCCUUGGGUGACCCUGCUGGGAGUACGAGAUUCCCGACGGCUUCGCUCACAAGGGUCAUAGGAACAUGCAAGCCCAAUCAACACAACAAGGUGAUGAUCCAGUGAGUGGGGGUAUUCACUGUGUCACCCUUGUACUGGUGCCUUAUGCUGGGAGUUGUGUUGCCCUGGCAUAAGAUAGGGUUGUCAUACGUCUGGACAUAGCUGGGAUUCACCCGUCAAAAAUGGCAUCUGGGUGAAAUUUUCAAAAAUCAGUUGAAAUGUCCGGGGAAAACCCAGGCAAUAUGGUAGCUCAUAUCGGAAGUGUCCGGAUUUUCACUUCUUGAAAUAUGGCAGUCCUAGCAUAAGAUACUUAAGUUGUGCAUCUACAGUGGUACAAGUAUACGAGACCCAAAAUGGUGUGACCAGAUGACUUGACAUCCUGCUCAUCAUUCCAGGAUCGUGGCUAUCCCUGAAACACAACAGCAGCCAUCUUGAUGAGACCAUAGGAUCAGGGUGGAAAGGUGCAAUUGCAUUCCUAUUACAGUUGCACCUUGGAUAUCGAACGCCCUGGAAUUCAGACAUUCUGGCUCCCAAACGCCGCAGACCCAGAAGAGAUUGUUCCGGUUUGCAAAUGUUCUUUUUGAACCCGAACUUUCGACGGGGCUUUUGCGGCUUCUGAUUAGCUGCAGGAGCUUCCUGCAGGCAACCAGAAGCCGCGAUUUGGUUUUUGAAUGUUUUGGAAGUUGAAUGGACUUCUGGAACUGAUUCCGUUCGACUUCCAAGGUACGACUGUACAUUGAAAGUCUCAGUGGAAUCAGUAAAUGAGUUUAGGUUAAGAGCAGAGAGUUGAAUAGAGACAAAGGUACACCAUGAUCAAUAGCUCACACCCAGUACUGAUUCAGGACUUUGAGCUAACAAUCAUUUCUUGUUCAGUGUUACUAAUUCCCAGCUACCCCUCUCCCAAAUUGUUUUCCCUUGUCAGCUACCUCCCAUAUUCCUCAGCCUUGUAGCAGAUCCCCCCCCAAAUCAUGGGAACUGUAGUUUCCCCCAAGAGCUACAAUUCCCAGCACCCAAAACAAAUUACAGCUCCCAAGAUUCUUGGAGAAGUCAGGUGCUUUAACUGUGUGUUGGAUGUGCUUUAAAUGCAUGGCAUGGAUCUGCCAUUGGUUAAUUGGAAAAGUAGCUGUAUAUUUGUUGGCUUUAAGAAGUUAUGUUUCCCCUCCUCAUCCUGCCUUCUUGUAUUAAGACUUCUUAUUUUGCCUUUAGUUGAGCCCUGUACCUCAUUCUGAAGGCACCUCAAAAUACAAUGAAGAUUUUUUCUCUGGGCUAAGCCCAGAAGAGAAGGAAUGUCUAGAGAACUUGCUGCAGACAAUUGACUCCUUGGAUGAGGACCUUUUAGAUGAUGAUGAUGAAGAAGAAGAAGGAGGAGGAGGAGGAGGAGGGAGUCAUCAGGAAUUGGCAGAACCACUAGGUGAGAUGAAAUCAAACCCAUUAACAAAGAUUUGUGGACAUCUUCUAGAAAAUGUAGAACUACAACUCCCAUCAACCCUAGCAAACAUAGCCAAUUGCCAGGAAUUAUGGGAGCUGUAGUCAUUUUCAGCGUCUGCGCAUGCAUGAGCGGCAAAACCCAGAAGUAACCCUUUCCAGUACUUCCGGGUUGCCGCGGGACGCAAGCUGAAAAGAUUUAACCUGAAACAAAUGUAACAAGAGGUAUGACUGUAGAUGGGUGCAUCUCUGUCGCACACACAUGGCCCCAAACAUGGAUCAUUCCCUAUUAAAUCAGCUUUCCCCAGCCUGCUGUCCUUCACAUGUUUUGAACUACAACUCCCAUCAUCCCCAGCAAGUCAAGUGGCAAUGGGCAGUGAUGAUGGGAAUUGUAGUCCCAAACUUUUAGAGGGUACCAGUUUUGGGAAUCCUGCUUUAGAUCUGAAAUCCAGUCAUCAUCGGCCCUCUGCUUUCUGCCUUCAUGCUUGAUGUGCUUACUGCGGGAACCAUUCACAUAGCUGCAGCAAAUGCAUUUGCCACAACCGUUUCGUUGAGGUGGACCAUAUCUGGCUGGGCUGGAAGGGAGAGAGUUCUUAAGGAAACCUCCAACCUCUUUCCUUAGAAUCAUAGAAUUGUGGAGUUGGAAGGAAUCCACAAGGUUGAUCUAGCAGUGCAGGAAUCUCAGCUGAAGCAUUUGUGACUUUCUGCAGUCAACUUUCCUCACUCACGUUGGUUGUGUGUGCAGGUGCUGAAGACCAAUGCAAGGACAGUGUUGACUCCAGGAUGCUUCAAAGUACGUCUGUGGAGGCAGCCUCAGCCAAGCCCAGUUCUCCUCGCCCUGCCCUUUCCAAGAUUAAAAUGACCAAGUCCCUUUCGGAGGAAUCAGCUGGCAUCACUCCAAGGAGGAGCAGGCCCAACCCUUCUUCUCCCAAAUCCAAAGGGCCUCAUAGAUUGGCGGAAUCUCACCCUGCUUACUUCAGGAAGUUUGACACAAUAAUGAGGUCAGGAGUCAACGUCCAAGAGCUUCGUUCUCGCUUCCUCCACCACCUUGACAGCUCCACUGCUGUCAGAGGGCCAACAGAGGAUGCUGUGGGAACAGAUAAGCAUCCGUUGCCAUUGCCUGGAGGCCAGAGGUCCCCUAGGGAUGAAGCCCUGCAGAAGUUGGGCCUCUUCCAGAGAAUUUCUAGCGUUCCGAAUAUGAAAAGUCCUCUGGUGCCCAUGGUGGGCCAGCAGGCCCAGGAUUCACCGGCCAAAAGUCUGAACCUCGAUGGAAUGGCAGGCUCCAUCAACACCAUGGAAAAGCAUGUGAAAUAUUGCACACACCCCAAUCUCUGAGAGGUGAGAGACUCCAGGCGUUCCAGCCCUGACCCAGGUUUUGGUUUCCUUGGAAUGAAGGCCAGUGGAGACUGAUGUCUUUAGGAUGUGUGGUUUUAUUUGCACAUAUAUACAGCCUAAGCAUAGGAUGGAGGGACUCACAGCAUUAACAGUCCAACAGAUCUUGCUUCCCCCUUAGGUUUCCAGAGAAGACCCAAAGUGACCAGUUUGGGCCCCACGCACAGAGCAAGACCUGUCUCUGUCUCUCCAGCUUCCAGCCUCAGAUAAAACUCACCCACCAGAACCAACUCCCCUGGCUUAUCGCUCCCCUUCCUAGGAUGACAUGGCAUCCAGCCAGGUGAAGUCGGAAAUGGCCCACCCAUUUGUAUCCAUGGCAGUCUCUUAGGACAUGUAAAUGACAGUGCUUCAGGGCUGGAUUAGGACCUUUAGAGGCCCUAGACACUUAAGAGGUUUUGGUGCCCCCUUAUAUAUCUAAUUCAAAACAUAAACAAUGAUAAAACCAUAAAAUUCAGUUUUAUUUUUUGAAAUGAAAUGAAGCCUACAGUAAUAUGGAAAACAAUGUUUAUUUUUGUAUACUUCCACUUUAUUUAUAUUUGAAAAAAAUUCUCCUGUGUUUUCUAAUGCAAAGUGUUUGAUAAGAUCUUCAUUCAAUAAUCAUUAAUCUAUUUUUACUAUGUUGAUAUUAUUUUUUAUUAUUGUGUAUACAUAGAUAUGUAUUUCUUUCAAUUAUUUUGGAGGCUUUUCUUUGUGGAACCUGGACAAAUUUGGUCCAUGGUAAAUCCAGCAAUGGGAAAUUUCCAUGGUGCCCCUUUUCCCUCGAUUCCCUAAACACAUGUGCAUUUUGCUUAAUGGUGAAUCCAGCCCUGCGGGUGCUUAACAGUCCAGCCAAGGCCAUUAUGUUGUCUGACCAGUUCAGCGGCCUCUUCUACUAGAUUCUAAACCUCCCCAGUGACAGAAUCGCUGGUUCAGAAGAGACUCUCGACUAUCCCCAAGACUGACCCCCUACAAACCUACAGCAAUAACAAUGGCUACUGUUCAAGUACUUUCUUAGGUGCGGUUGGGCCAAAAGGCGGGUUGCAGAAAGAAAACGGACCUGCAGAGUCCCAAGAGGCUCUUUGCAAACCCCGUCCAUUAG